CGGCCUUCUCCCCGCCGUUGGCCGCAGCCCUCAGUCCUCAUCUAUGAAGACUGGCCCACCAUGUUUUAUGGGACCCACUUCAUCAUGUCUCCACCCACCAAGAGCAAGCUGAAGCGGCAGAGUCAGCUGCUGUCCAGCAUGCUGUCCCGGACGCUGAGCUACAAGUACCGCGACCUGGACGCCACCUUCUCCAGCCUGGGUGCCAGCGACGACCCCGCAGAGCUCUCCACCCAACUUUCGGCCCCUGGGGUCCUGAAGGUGUUCGGGGACAGCGUCUGCACAGGCACCCACUACAAGAGCGUCCUGGCCACCGGCACGUCCAGCGCCCAGGAGCUGGUGAAAGAGGCCCUGGAGCGGUACGCCUUGAGCCCCGAGUGCGCCAGCCAGUACGUGCUGUGUGACGUGGUGGGCCAGGCCGGCGACUCCGGGCAGCAGUGGCAGGCCGAAUGCCUGCGGGUGUUUGGGGACAACGAGAAGCCCCUCUUGAUCCAGGAAUUGUGGAAACCCCGAGAAGGCUUGUCCCGCAGGUUCGAGCUGAGAAAGAGGUCAGACGUGGAAGAGCUGGCAGCCAAGGAUGUGGACACUAUGACAGCAGGGAUAAACGCCCAGGCCCGGAGGCUGCAGCGGAGCCGCGCCAAGGGAACCCCAGCCCUGGCCCCAGGGGGCGCCCGGAGCCCCCCUCCGCCCAGGCUGCGCCGCACUGUCAGCGAGACCAGCCUGAGCCAGGCCGCCAUCCUGCCUGAUGCCACCCGGGGCCCCGAGGAACCCAGCCAGGACGCCAUGCGCUACUCGCUCUACGAGUCGCCCCACCUGCUCCUUCUGCAGGGCUACAGCCAGCAGCACGACAGCCUGGUGUACGUGCUCAACCGGGAGCGGCACACAGUGGGCCAGAGGACCCCCUCCAGCAAGCCCAGCAUCAGCCUGUCGGCCCCCGACAUCCUGCCCCUUCACUGCACCAUCCGCAGGCGCCAGCCCUCAGGCCGAGAGCAGGCAGGGGGCCGGCUGGUCCUGGAGCCCAUCCCCGGGGCGCCCGUCUCCGUCAACUUCUCGGACGUGGGGGGCCAGACUGUAGCGCUGCGCCACGGGGACCUGCUCUCCCUGGGCCUCUACUACCUGCUGCUGUUCAAGGACCCGACGCAGGCCCAGCCCCUGCCCGCCCAGGCCCUGGCCCGCCUGCGGGCUGUACCGCAGAGCUGCAGGAUGUGCGGGGCUGUGCUGCGGGCCCGGGGCACCUCCGCCCCCUCGCGCGCCGCCCUCCCCCGGCCGCGGCAGCUGCAUCUGGAGUUCGAGCCCGAGGUGGAGGACACGCUGCUGCAGCGGAUCAUGACGCUGAUCGAGCCGGGCGGCGAUGACCACAAGCUGACCCCCGCCUUCCUCCUCUGCCUCUGCAUCCAGCACUCGGCCACCCGCCUCGAGCCAGGCUCCUUCGGGCAGCUCCUGCUCAAGAUAGCCAAGGCGAUCCGCGAGACAGUCUGGGAGAAAACCAAAGAACUGGCGGAGAAGCAGGCGCACCUCCAGGAGCCCCUCUCCUUGGCCGGCUUUACCAUGGCGGGCCUGGUUCCAGACCUGCAGCACAUUCUCUUCUGGAUGUCCAACUCCGUGGAGCUUCUGUACUUCAUCCAGCAGCAGUGCCCGCUCUACAUGAAGAGCCUAGAGGAGGAGCUGGACGUCACAGGCUCGAAGGAGUCGCUGUUCUCCUGCACCCUCACGGCCAGCGAGGAGGCCAUGGCGGUGCUGGAGGAGGUCAUCCUGUACGCCUUCCAGCAGUGCGUGUACUAUGUCUCGAAGACCCUGUACGCCUGCCUCCCGGCCCUGCUGGAGUGCCCCCCUUUCCAGACGGAGCGCCGGGAGAGCUGGUGCUCGGCCCCCCAGCUGCCCGAGGAGCUGGGGCGCGUCGUGUCUGUCUACCAGGCCGCCCUGGACCUCCUGCGGCAGUUCCAGGUGCACCCCGAGAUCGCCUCCCAGGUGCUGGCCUACCUCUUCUUCUUCUCCAGCACUCUGCUCUUCAACCAGCUCCUGGACAAGGGUCCCUCUCUGAGUUGCUUCCACUGGCCCAGAGGCGUCCAGGCCUGCGCCCGCCUGCAGCAGCUCUUGGAGUGGAUGAGGAGCACUGGCUUUGGGGAGGCCGGAGAGCACUUCUUCCGGAAGCUUUCCUGCACACUCAACCUGCUGGCCACGCCCAGUGCCCAGCUCAUCCAGAUGAGCUGGGCAAACCUGCGGGCCACAUUCCCCGCCCUGAGCCCUGCACAGCUGCACCGGCUGCUGACUCAGUACCAGCUGGCCUCGGCCAUGGGCCCCAUGAGUGCCUGGGAGCCAGGCGCCCAGGACAGCCCCGACGCCUUCAAGUCAGAGGAUGUCCUGGAGUCCUAUGAAAACCCGCCGCCCAUCGUUUUGCCAAGCGAGGGUUUCCAGGUGGAUCUGGAAGCCGACUGCCUGGACGACAGCAUCUACCAGCACCUUCUCUACAUCCGCCACUUUCUGUGGAGCCUGCGGAGCAAGCCCGGCCCUGGCGGGGGACCCGCCCAGCCGGAGUGCCUUGAGGGCCUGCACCACACCACCCCUGAGGGGCACCCCGAGGGCCAGAGCUGCCCCCUGGCUUCCCGGGACCUCGGAAGGGGAGCCCAGGAUGCCGGUCUGGCGCACCCACUUCCUUCCGAUGGGGCUCCCCGGGCACAGGGCCCUCCAGGAAGGCAGCCGGGCCGCGUGAGCCGUGGGGUCCCCCAGGCCGGCCCCCUGCAUGUGGACUCCUCGUGCCUGCUCACGCCUCCCAGCACCCCGCUAGGCCUUGAGCCCACUGUCCCCGACUGGCCAGAACCCGGCGGUGGCACCUGUGGGCAUUCGCCCCUCGAACGGAGGAGGAAUGGGCCAAGUGGCUCCUGGAGUGCUGCUCUGGAAGGAGGCUGUGCGGCGCCUGCGGAUGAGCCCCCUCCAGUCCCCUCCAGCCACAGCUCCAGCACCGACUUCUGCUACGUCUUCAUGGUGGAGCUGGAGCGAGGCCCCUCAGGGCUGGGGAUGGGCCUGAUCGACGGCAUGCACACACCCCUGGGGGCCCCGGGGCUCUACAUCCAGACCCUGCUCCCAGGCAGCCCUGCAGCGGCCGACGGCCGCCUGUCUCUGGGAGACCGCAUCCUGGAGGUGAACGGCAGCAGCCUGAUGGGCGUCAGCUACCUGAGGGCUGUGGAUCUGAUCCGACAUGGGGGAAAGAAGAUGCGGUUUCUGGUUGCCAAGUCUGACGUGGAAACAGCCAAGAAGAUCCGCUUCCGCACGCCCCCUCCCUAGGGUG